UUAGGAAGUAUUUUUUCUUUAGUUUACUUCUCUUCUUCCCUCUGCAUCCCCUCCAUCUCUUUCCAAUUCUUCCUCUGCUGUCAGUGAGGAAGCAAAAAAGAACCCUAAAAAUCUUGCCUUUUCUUUUUUCUUUCAUCAAGCGGUUUUGUCUAACAGUGAGCUUCCAUCUGCUUCAGUGUUCCCUGUCUGUCUUUCACGAGUUGUGAAUGGAUUUUUUUUUUUAAUUUUUGUGUUGCAUAAAUCACUUAAAACCAAUUUAAUGUAAUGUUCUAGUUCCUCCCUAUUUCUGUUGUUCGAUCUGUAUUGGAAAACUACUACUGCUCUUUAAUAUGUUUUCCUGAAAUUUUAGGAUAUUCUAUAGGAAUAAAAUCCAUGAAAGACUAUCUUAUGUUUACUUUGUUGUACAUCAAAGCUUGUUAUUGCUGUAAGAGUUCGUUUUGAGCACUAAAACAAAGCAGGAUGCUCAAAACAUAAAACUCAUAAUUUCACAAUUUGUAUUCUGGACUGGAAAAUACAGUCAAGGUUUUGUUUUGAAAUUUUGGGAUUGAUUAUAUGUGGCUUCAUAAUUCCUCCAAGGGAAAGAGUUGCAGGGGAUUUUGAGAUACUCUCAUCCAACUGAUUGCUAACCACAUGUUAUCCAUUGUUAGGAACCCUUCUCGAAAUAGUUAUUCAUAUGGCAGUAUCUGUCUAAUUCUCUGUGCCUAUGUCAUCAAGCUUCUUACCGUUGUUCUUCAAACAACAUUUAGUUUGUCUCCAAAUCAUACUUCUAAAAUAAUUUCAACUUCUCAACCAUAAAUAUUGUUUGUUUUUGGACAGUUUUCUAAUCCUCACUUCUUUUGGAGUUAACAGUGAAAACUGAUUGUAUGCAAAAUAUGUGUUUUCUUUUCUUAAUGUUUGAAAUAAAUCUCUUUCCAUUUGUUGCAGUGGUAUGGACUAUGGAGUCAUUUGAGAAACUUAACAGAUAUUUGUAUAUUUCUUUCCCCUUUACUUUGCAGCAGUUUUAGUGGGAUCUAUUUCAUUCAUAUAAUCCUUAUUUGGAAAAUUAUUUCAACUUCUCAAUCAUAAAUGUUGGUUGUUUUUGGACUUUCUUAUCCUGACUUCGUUUGGAGUUCACAGUGAAAACUGAUUGUAUGCAAAAAUGUGUGUUUUCCUUUCUUGAUGUUUGAAAUAAAUAAUAUUUCAUUUGUUGCAGUAGUAAGGAGUCAUUUGAGAAAUUUAACAGAUAUUUCUAUAUUUUUUCCCUUUUACUUUGCAGCAAUUUUAGUGGGUCCUAUGUCAUUUAUAUAAUCCUCCUUUGGUUCAAUCCCUUGACAAAUCUGAAGAGUAUUCUACUAACAUUGGCCAAGGUCAAUUUUUUAGUAUAAAUGUAAUAAUAACUUUUAGUCACCUUGCAACAACAACCAAGUCUUUAUUCCACUAUGUAAGGUCGGCUAUAUGGAUUCUUCUACGUCAUUGGGCUUGAUCCCUUACUAUAUUCUCAUAUAUUAUAUUUAAAUGAAAGUUUAUGUUGUUAACUAAGUCUUCUUUUGUCUCUCUUCCAUUAUUAAUGUAAGUAUUUGUUAUGAAUUAUGAUCUCAUAUCACCUCAUUGGGGCAUUUAUUGAUUACCUUAGUAAAUGUCCCUACCAUCUUAAACUUGUCUUUUAGAGUUUUUCCUCAAUAGAUGCAACUUUAACUUUCUCUUUAAUAUUAUCAUUUCUUAUCCUUCAUUGUUGUAUGUUCGUACAUCCACCUUAACGUCCUCAUCUCUACGACUUUCAUCUUUUACUCAUGAGAUUGCCUCAUGGCUCCAUAUAACAUAGCAUAACUGUUAUUUUGUAAAACUUUUUUUAAAUCUUUAGAGUUAGUUUAGGAUCACAAAGAACACUUAACGUACUCCUCUAUUUCAACCAUCUUACUUGUAUCUUAAGUAAAACAUCUCUAUUAACCUCUCUAUCCUUUUGCAAAAGCGAUCUUAGAUAUUUAAAACUUUUAGUUAUAGCUAACUUGUUAUCUCCUAUCUACUACUGUUAAACGUAAAUUCCAUAUAUUAUGUCUUUGCUCUACUAAGCCUAAAACUUUUAACUUCCAGUGUCUCAUUCGCUUAUCGACCAAAACAAUGUCAUCUACAAAUAGCAUGCAUCAUCGUAACAUGUCUUGGUGAAUUCCUCCAUAACUAGUAUAAAAAUAUAUGGAUUUAGAGUGAUUCAUAAUGUAACCCUAUUUUUAUAGGAAAUAUUUUGGUUAAUUUGUUUAAAGACUUCACUCUUGUAAUUAGAUCUUUAUAUAUAUCCUUAAUUUAAUAUAUGCUACAUUAGCACAUUCCUUUUCUAUAAUUUUUCAUAUAAUUUCCCUCAUAAAUCUAUCAUAAGCUUUUCUAAUUCAAUAAUAUCAUGUGUAAAUUUUGCUUAUUUUAAAAUAUUUUUUGUAUGAGAAGAUAUAUAGCUUCUAUUGUUGAUUUUUCAAGCAUGAAUGUAAAUUAAUUUUCGGUUAUCUGUGUCUUCUUCCUUAAUCUUUUUUCUCACGUUUUAUCAAAGUUUCAUAGUAUGAUUGAUUGCCUUGAUGCCCUUAUAAUUCAUAAAAUUUUGUAUGUCUCAUUUUUUUUAUACAGAGGACUAAACUAUUUACUCUCCAAUGAUUUAACAUUUUUUUCAUUUUUAAUAUUAUGUUAAAUAACUUUGUAAGUCAUUCGAUACCUUCCAUGCCACUAUUGGAAUUCAUCUUUUGCAUUUUUCAUCCCUUUUGAAAUUUGUUUCCGAUAAAAAUUAAAAUUUUUAUAUUCCUUUAACCUACUUAAAUUUUCUAAGCUAAGUUGGUCGUCUUAACUUUCAUUAAAAAGUUGAUGAAAGUACCUUUCUCAUUGCUCCUUUAUUUCAUUAUCCUUUAUUAGUACCCUAUUAGAUUUAUCUUUAAUGCAUCUUAUUUGGGUAAAAUCCCUUCUUUCCCCCGCUUUCACUUUAGUUAUUCUGUAGAUGUCUUCAAUCACCUUGCAUACAUAUGUUUAUAUAUAACUUAUUAGCAUACUCUUAAUCAUAGUGGCCAAAAUUCCUGCAUUCGUUAACAAUUUUCUUAGUUAAAAUAAUACAAUUUUGGAAUUUAAGUCACAGUAGUCAUGUAAGUCGGACAAUCAAUCUAAUGAAAUUUAUGCUACCAUUCACUCUAUUCAAGCCAUAGCUAGAAAGACAAAGACUUGGUGUUAUGAUCAGUGAGAUUUUCACUUCCCUCCUGUUAGGAUUGCCUUCAGAUUCUUUGGUGUAAAAUUCUAUGCUCCCAUUUUAUGGUGCUCUUAGGAUCUUAUUAUGCACGAGCAUGAUGCCAAAAGAGGAAUUUUGGUUAAGUGAAGUGCUUUACAAUCUCUCUGUUAACCUGUUUAGUAAGCAGUAAUAAUAUAUUAGACUGCAGGAAUCGACAACAACAGCUAUGGAGCAUGAGUAAAUCCUGAAAAUCUAAAAGGUGGACGCAGAGGCUGCUCUCUCAAGUCAGAUGGGCUUGGUUGUAUUGACACACUGAGGCUGAGCUGAAAUGAAAACCUCACAGUGUGCAGAAGUACAACCAUCAUCAGAAACUUCACAUGAUUUACAUGGUGACAAUCAAAUUGUUAUGCAUGUUGAAGCUCCUAGAGCAGAUUCAGGCUCAGGGUCCAAUGCAAACAGUGAUAGCAGAAAGGUUUCUCGAGAAGACAUAGAACUGGUGCAAAACUUGAUAGAACGAUGCCUUCAAUUGUACAUGAGUAGAAAUGAGGUGGUUCGGAUGUUGUCUACUCGUGCUAGGAUAGAACCUGGUUUUACAACAUUAGUAUGGCAGAAAUUAGAAGAAGAAAAUACAGAGUUUUUUAGAGCUUAUUAUAUAAGACUAAAGUUGAAGAAGCAAAUCAUUUUGUUCAAUCACUUGCUUGAGCACCAGUAUCAUCUGAUGAAGUAUCCUGUUCAGCCUAAGGUCCCAUUGGCUCCGAUUCAAAAUGGGAUUCAUCCUAUGCCCGUCAAUUUACCAAUGGGUUACCCUAUUCUUCCUCACCAGCCAAUGCCAGUUACUGGUCAAUCUCAUGUUGACCCAAUGGCUUGUGGGCUCUCCAGCUGUUAUGUAGUCAAUGGUAUUCCUACUCCGAGCAGUUUCCAUCCAAUUCACAUCAAUUCUGGGACCAAUGGCACAUCUGAAAUGGUUCAUGCAACCCCUCCAUGUGGUGCCAUUUCUUCCAUGUCGGAGAUGGCUAUGAGCCCUGCAUCAGCAGCAUCAAGUAAUCAUUUUCCUUUCACUCUGGAGAUGUCUGGGCUAGGUAUGGAUGGGUCUACACUAGAAUCCACCUUCCCAUCUGUAGCAGCUCACACAGGAGAGCUGCAACUUGGAUCAGAUGGGGCGGGACACUCAAGAGAUCCAACGAGAUCAUUGGAACAGCUCUGGAAUUUCAGUCUGUCAGAUUUGACAGCAGACUUCUCAAAUUUAGGAGAUCUUGGAGUUUUGGGAGACUAUGAUGGUUCCCCUUUCUUGCCAUCAGAUUCCGACAUCAUAUUGGGCUCCCCAGAACAGGAUGGCAUAGUGGAAGGAUACUUUACUGAUGUUGUUAAUGGAUCAUGCCAUCACCAAUUCGACGAAGAGAAACCUUAGAGCAAGUUCGAGCUUUUCUUUUUCACCUUCACCCUGGUCCUUAAUGGUAAAUAAUACAAGCACCAGACUGCUUUCUCAAACGUAAUAAAGUAAUAAAGCUUUAUGCUGAUGAACAGCUGCUGAACUGCAUCCAUUAUUGUUGUGGAUGGUUUGUAAAUGUUAACUUAGUCAUUCAGCAGCUUCAACAUUGAUUUAGCUUGUGAUUAGGAUUUCAUCAGCCGAAAGCUGCAGCUUGACCGAGUAUGCUAAUCUUAUCGAACUAGACCGAUGAGUUUUGAUGCAAAUCGAUUUCUCGCAAUGUCAUUUCUUACUAGUUUCAUGAA